AUGGGUGAAUAUAAUGAUCAAAUUGAUGAUACUAUUAAGUCUUUUCAUGACCUUAGUAUUUCUGAUAAAUACUCUUUUAAUUCUUCACUAGUAAAGAUCGUCGACGUUACUGUCCACACAAUUCGGCAAGUUUGGGUAAUCCUUCGAAACUCACUUCCUUAUGAACUCGAUAAUUACUUAUCUAACGAUUACAAGUUCCCUCAAUUCGACUGUAUGAACCAAUAUGUCAAUUAUUCUUCAAUAGCAUAUGUGUCAAUAUAUUCCGCUGGAGCUAUCAUUUGUCAAGUUACUAAACCUGACCCUAAACCGCCGAGCCCUAAGUUAAUCCCGUUCAAUCGAUCUUCCAAGUCAAAAUCUAAGAACGAACAGCCAUGUGUAGUCAUUAUCGCAAUAUCUGUUUUAAAAAAUCACACAGGACUAGGGUUGUCUCUUAAACUCUAUGACCACACUAUCAACAAGCUGAAGUCUGAUGGCAUUAAGGUCGUUUACGCUCUCGUCGACGAGAACUCUGAGUGCACAGUCGACUUUUACAGUAGACGAGGGUUUCACAAGUCUAACACCAAGUUUAACCUACUCACUUCUAACUUGAAAGUUGAAUGCUCCAGGUCUCCCGUUCCUCCGUCGUUUGUUAUAAUGGAAAUGGCUCUUGGCUCUGAGCUUACCAAGUAA